GUGUGCCUUGUACUUGAGAACAAAGUUUUGAAGAUGGUGCAGCUGUCUAAAACUGGAAUGAGAGAGAAUCCGACGCUGAAGGCUGGGCAUCCCCCAGCAGUGAAGGCCGGAGGGAAGCGGGUGGCUAAGAAGAGCAGCGAGGACACCGUUGCCAUGGAGAAGGAGGCCAAGCGGCCCGCCGAAAAGCCCAGGUCUCUUCCCACUUCUCCCAGAAUGCAAUCUGUCAGUGUCCUGUUAGCAGGCACUCUGGAAAAGCUGGGGCACGAGUUUCCAGAGACUCCAGUGAGUGUCAGACACAGCAGGCUGAGGCCGGCCGUGGAGAAGUCCCACUCGCCUCGCUCCUUCUUUAUACAGCAGCCCCGCAAGUGUUGAGCCAAAAUGGCCGCUCACCUUCUGAGUGUGUGGCACAAGAGCCUGGGGAAUAUCUGUGAAGUAAACAGUCUUAAGCGAAACGGGAAGUGUGUGCAGUGGAUUAUACCCGUGGCGGGGCCGAAGUGGGCAGAGAGAGAAGCCUAUGUAGUUAAUGUUUUGUUCUCAGAAAGGAAAAAAAAAAUGUAAUAGCACUUAAGCUUCAGUACAAUUGUAACAGCUCUUAAGCUUCACAUUAACUCUUGAUCUCUAGUGAUUUCUGACCUUACUUGUGGGGUCACUUGUUUAUUGCUUUGAUAUUUGUUCCUUGUGCUUGGUUUACUACUAACUAGGUGCAUUGGCUGUUUGCCUCUCUGUCUAUAUCUGACGGAGGCCUCUGUCGACAAAUGGAGUAUAGUGUCACCAUGGAGUUAAAAGAAAGUGGGUUGUCUUAAUCAUACUUGUUUGAGAGACAGAAAGAGCCAGUGUAUGCUGUUUCUUCAAUGUGGGCAGAAUUAAAAAUUCUAAAUGUGAACUUUUCUAGGCAUGCUUAACACAUAUUGCUUGAAUAAAAUUGCCUUACAAUUUACAGGAAAA